UUUAAUUUUGAUCUUCAGAAGAACAAAAACAUUCUCAAAUUAAAACCAAACCAGCUGACACAUAUUAUACUAUUUCAUUGUACACUAUAUCCACAUAGAUAAAAAUGAUUAUAUAAGUUUAAAUAUUCAUAAAACAGGAAUAAACAAGUGGAAAGCAGUCCACUUAUUUUAUUCUCUUAUUCCUAUCAUAUUACCCAUUUUACCCUUUUCUUAAGUCGUCCCCAUUUUGACUACUUUGAAUUUUCUCGUCUAUUUCUGCAUUUUUUUAUUUUAAUACACACAGCCUCACCAUUAAUUUGUACUAAUCUCUGAUAAAUUUAUGAAUCACAGCUUAGUCACACACAGCAAUAUGUGUGACUGUGUGUUUUUUCCUGGGCAAACGUCAUCACUUUUUUUUCCCUCUAUAUAUAUUCAGCAAAUCAAAUGGAGAAGAAAGCAUUUAGUAACUUCUAAUUUUGCCCACUCCUCUGUAAAUUAAUUAUUCUUUUGAAUUUUGAUAUAUAUAUAUAUACGUAUACGGUAUACAUACAGACAACAUACGCAGAGCGAAUAAGUUAAAAAGGUUAAACCGUAUGUAUAAAAUUCAGCGGGGUUUUAGAGGUCCGGCGAUGGCUGCCGGAUUUUUGUUGGUGAUUACAGUGGUGGCUGGGCUGGCUGAAGCCGACGUGGUAUCUGCGCUGGGCGGCGGCGGUGGAUUUCAGAGAGUUUUGACUCUGGAGAGGGCAUUUCCGGUGGAGGAGAGGGUAGAGCUGGAGGCGGUUAAAGCUCGGGACCGUGCGAGACACUCGAGAAUGCUGCAGAGCUAUCCCGGCGGCAUCGUUGAUUUUUCUGUUGGCGGUACCUCUGAUCCCUACGCCGUUGGACUCUAUUAUACCAAAGUUAGAUUGGGAUCUCCACCACGAGAGUUCAAUGUGCAAAUUGAUACUGGGAGUGACAUUUUGUGGGUCACUUGCAGUUCCUGUAACGAUUGUCCUCUAAACAGUGGAUUGGGGAUUCCUCUUAAUUUCUUCGAUGCUGCUACAUCAUCAACUGUUUCACCUAUUUCGUGCUCAGAUAGUAUAUGUGCUUCCAUAGUUCAAAUUGCCUCUGCUGAAUGCUCAAAUGAGGGUAAUCUGUGUAAUUACUCAUUCCAAUAUGGGGAUGGAAGUGGCACAUCUGGUUUCUACAUGUCCGAUAUCCUUUAUUUUGAUUCAAUUUUGGGUACCUCAUUGAUAACCAAUUCGUCUGCUCCUAUUGUUUUUGGGUGCACCACCUCACUGUUUGGAGACUUGACAAAAUCAGAUAGAGCAGUUGAUGGGAUUUUUGGGUUUGGCCAGCAGGGCCUUUCAGUAAUAUCACAGUUGUCAUCACGUGGUAUCACACCUAAAGUAUUUUCUCAUUGCUUGAGAGGAGAAGGCAGUGGUGGAGGUAUACUAGUUCUUGGUGAGAUAUUGGACCCAAGAAUAGUUUAUACUCCCCUUGUACCGUCACAGCCUCAUUAUAAUUUAUAUCUGCAGAGCAUUGCUGUCAAUGGACAAGUGUUACCCAUUGAUCAAGCAGUGUUUACAACAUCAGGCAACCAAGGAACCAUUGUUGAUUCUGGAACAACUUUGGCAUACCUUGUUGAAGGAGCUUACGACCCUCUUGUUGCUGCUAUAACAGCUGCUGUUUCUACGUCCGUGAAACCAAUCAUCUCCAAAGGAAAUCAAUGCUAUCUAAUCUCUGCAAGCGUAGGUGAGAUGUUCCCAACAGUUGCUUUCAAUUUUGCUGGUGGUGCAUCAAUGGUUUUAAGACCCAUCGACUACCUUGUACGCAUGGGAUUUGUUGAUGGUGCUGCAACGUGGUGCAUAGGCUUUGUUAAAGUUCAGAAUCAAGGCACAACAAUUUUAGGAGAUCUUGUUCUCAAAGAUAAAAUCUUCGUUUAUGAUUUGGCUCAUCAAAGAAUAGGAUGGGCAGACUAUGAUUGUACUUCGUCCGUUAAUGUAUCUAUAACUUCCGGUAAAGACGAAUAUGUGAAUGCUGGGCAGCUGAGUGUGAGCAGAAGCUCAUCUACUAGUGUACUCUUCAAGUUAAUGCACGACACUUAUAAUAAUUAUCUCGUGCUGCAUUUAUUGGUAUUAAUUGGAUUUCUAUUUUUGUAAAUUAUUUCUUCACUCAUGCC